AUCUUUCAAAAUUUAUUUGUCCACUCAAUUAAAAAUUGACACGGUCUUCCCGUGUCCAUCGUCAUUCGCAGUAUGUUUUGCAGCGAGUUUCUUAUAUUGGUCACGUCUGCAGAAAGGAGUUGUGCAGAAUAAUUUUACUAAUGAUGAUCUGAAGAAAAUACAAUGCACAGCUUCGCUUUGCACGAAAAUUUCUUCGAAGUUUCAAGAAGUCGACACUAUUGUGUGCACGUAUGGUUCAACAAUUACACAUAGGAAAACAUAUAUGGAAGGACGGGCAACAAACUGGGCUAUUUUUAAUAUGCCGGUUAUGACAGUUUUGCUUGUCGAUUCAUAUCAGCAACAAAGUUUAGAAAGGCAAUUACAAGAAAUAACAAUCAAAUCAACUAUAAAUCCAUAUGAUAUUGAACGUAAGAUUGCACGUCUUAACGACCAAACGAUAAUAGCUAUGAAAAUAUUAGACGAUAUUAGUUUUAUCAAAGGAAAUUUCCAACUUAACGCUACAACAAGAUUUGGAAGAUUGAUAGAUCAACAACAAAGAUUAAAAACUGUCGGUAUCGCAAUACAAGAAUUACUUGACUCAUUAAUUUCACACUCCCAUAGGACUUUGCGUAAUAUUUCCUUAAUAGCGCAAAAGCAUAAUAUGUUUGCAAAAUGUACUGACAUCGGUGAUAGUAGAUACGCAUACAUACUGUGUGCUAUGUACGUUUCAAAACAAAUUAUGGCUAUAUCAUCAGAUUUGGAAGUAGCAGGUUUUGGUGUUACGAAAACGACUUUUUCUAAAGUUGGUUUGAAAAUUGAGACUGGCUUAGACUUUUAGUAGAAGACUAAGGAUUAUUAUGAAUAGAAUAAGUUAUUGUAACGAUUAUAUACACAGAAAAAAUAGUUUUAUUAAAGUGUUUAAUAAUUUGG